UACGAUCGCUACGUGGCCAUCUGCAACCCCUUGCGAUACACGGUCAUCAUGAGCAAGAAGCUCUGUCUUCAGAUGGUUGCCGGCACCUGGACCACCGGGUUCCUCAACUCCUUGCUCCAUACGGUGCUGACCUUCAUCCUACCUUAUUGCAAGUCCAAUCGAGUCAAUCAGUAUUAUUGUGACAUCCCACCCGUCCUUGCUCUCUCUUGUGCUUCGACCUACUUGGCCGAGAUGGUUGUCCUUAUUGUUGGGGGCAUUUUUGGGGUGGGGGCUUUCCUGGUCACGUUGGUCUCCUACGUCUACAUCAUCUCCACCAUCCUCAGGAUUCGCUCGGCCGAGGGAAAGCGCAAAGCCUUCUCGACCUGCGCCUCCCACCUCGUGGUGGUGGGCCUCUUCUAUGGGACCACCAUCUUCACUUACAUACGUCCUUCUUCCAGUCACCAUCCAGACCAGGAUAGACUGGUGAGCAUGCUGUAUGGGGUGGUCACCCCCAUGUUGAACCCCUUGAUCUACAGCCUUAGGAACAAAGAAGUGAAGGGGGCCUUGAAAAGGAUCACAGGGGUUUUGAAUCCUUCUCACUGGGGGGCCAGUUUGUUUCAGAGCCCAGUUUCCACCUUCAAAGCCCUACGUGGCCUGGGCUUGUCGCAGAGACGGCCUUGA